AUGGAACCUGUCAGCAAGAAGAUUAAAUUGGAGGAUUCCUCCGGUAGACUUAGAUGUCAAUAUUUGAUAGUGAAAAAGGAUAGGCAAUGUGGCAUGACUAGACGUGCAGAUGAGCAAUAUUGUUCUGAACAUUUAAAUCUUUUAAAGAAAAAUUCUGGUACUUUAAUUCACUCGGGUGUCAAUUCAGAAGAAAGGGAAAGAAUACCUUGUCCAUUGGAUCCUAAUCAUAGUGUUUGGAAAGAUCAAUUAUCAAGACAUUUGAAAAAAUGUAAUAAAUUUAAAUUAUCUCAUGUUAAUGAUAAUGAAACAUUUUUCAAUAAAGAUAUGAAUAUUAAUAAUAACGAUACUUUAUCGUCUGUUAAAAUUGAUUAUAAACAAUUUUUAAAUCAAUCUAUAGAAAUUUUACAAAAAUGGAAAAUUGAAAAUGAUAUAAUUAUACCAUUAAAACAAGAAUCAAAUCAAGAAAUGGUUCAAAAAAGAGUUAAUACACUAAUUAAUCAAAAACAUGCAAUUCAGCAAUCGUCAUUAAUUCAAAAUAUGAUUGAUUAUAAAAUUUUAAACACUACUAAAAAAGAUCAAGAUUAUAUUGAAUUUGGUUGUGGUAAAGCAGAAUUUUCACGUUAUUUAAAUCAAGUCAUUUGUUUAACCAAUCAAAAUGAACCUAGAGAUAUUACAUAUCAUUUGAUUGAUAGAGCUUCAAAUAGAAUGAAAUUUGAUUCAAAAUUUGUUAGUGAUACUCAAGAAUUAACAAAUCAAUUGAAAAUUGUCCCAACUAUAAAACGUAUUAAGAUAGAUAUUAAAGAUUUGAAAAUAGAUACACAAUUAGAUUCAAGUCAUAAUUAUGUGGCAAUCUCAAAACAUCUAUGUGGUGUCGCAACAGAUUUAACAUUACGUUGUAUCCUGAAUAACAAUAUUUUACAUAACAAAUUGGAUGGUCUAUGCAUUGCUAUGUGUUGCAGACAUGUUUGUUCCCCAAGAGACUAUGUGAACCCCGAGUACAUUAAAGCAUUAUUAUUACCAGAUACAAACGAUAUUACUUAUGAGCAAUUUUUCACAUGUUUGACCAAAAUAUGUUCAUGGGCUACAAAUGGUAGAAGACCAGAUAUGGUUGGGACAGAUAUUGUUGAAAUUACUGAUUCUAUAUCGAUGACUUUAGAGGAACGUGAAUCCCUAGGGCUAAUGGCACGCAAAAUAAUCGAUUUAGGAAGAUUGAAAUGGGUUCAACAAAAUCUUGGCGAAAACGCCGAAUUGAUCAGAUAUGUAGAUAAAUCCAUCUCAUUAGAGAACGUUGCAUUGUUAUUUAAACACACAUAA